AUGACAGUCCUGACAUUCAUCUUUAACCUGUUUGCACUGGUCGUCCUGCAGCGAUGGCGCCACGAGUUUGAUGAAGUAAGUCGGAUGCUGUUCUUCAAUCUCGCUCUCAUGAACCUGAUCAGUGGUGUAACUACAGGGAUCUUUGAUGGCAUGAUACGUUAUCUCGACCGAGGAGAGGUUUCUGAACGGUUAUGCCACUUUUUACCGUUCAUAGGCACCUACACGUUGUUCAGUUCUAUGUAUGAGGUAGCGCUGAUGAAUCUUCAGCGCUAUUUGGCGAUUUGCUACCCGUUUCGGUACAUCCGCUUCUCGACAGUCAAGCGAUUGAUUGCAUUAUUCGCUAUCCUCGAUUUCAUCUUAAUCAGCCUUUCCAUUCCGAUGCUACCCAUUCCUAGUUUUCCAUUUUAUGAAUUCGUAACCAGCCGGUGUGGUCAUGAGACCUUUACUGACGGAAUUGGCGGUGCCACAUUGGGCACCAACAUCUACAUCUAUUUCGCCGUAUACGGGUUCCUAUACAUUAUACCAUUCAUGAUACUGACCUACUGCAAUGUCCGACUGUUUAUCAUCGCAAGGCGAGUGGGUCUGCAAAAAUGUGUUAUCCCCGUACAACCCGAGGAAGCACGUAAAACCGAUUCCGGCAUACCAGGACUUAAAGGUCUUCGAACGGUUCUCAUUAUUACAUGUCUCUUCUACAUGUCUAUCGUUCCGACGUUCGUGUUCGCGUCUGUAUUGGUCAUGCCGGCUUUUUAUCUAAGCCGCACGGGUUACGACGCCCUCUAUUUUUUGGCCAAUGCGUUUCUGAUCUGCAGCUGCUGGUGGAAUGUCCCAGUCUACAUGUCUACGAGCGCUCAUUUACGUCGCAGGGCUAUAGAGCUGUAUCAACGUCUUAAGUGUUGCAAGGAAGCCCGUUAA